AUGCCAUCAUUCCAGCGGCUCAAACACCCCUUUCGACGCCCUACUCAUUACUACACGAUCCAUGAACCAUCUCCUACACCAAGACAACUAGAAGAACGACGUGAGAAGGAGAGGCGAAGGGCACGCGACAACAUUGAGAACGACCUUGAUGACGGGCGUGUGGGGCCUAGGAGUAGUGAUUCGCCUGACGAGCUUCCAGUGAUCAUCGACAGAGGUCCAUACAGGGGUCACAUUUACCCACGGGAGCAGCUUUUCUUCAACAGCAUCAUGCUGGCCUCUGAUGUAGAGCCGAUUUACGCUGGCCCACUGGGAGGAGAGCUUAGACAAGAGGUGCACAGAGCCCUAAUAAGGCGCCCAAAGACGCAGCGUGAGCAGAAGCCACGUUCAAGGCCUGUGCCAAGUGAAUACUUGACCGCAUCACAGAACGCAGAAAAUCUAAGGCAGUGGGAAAAGCGGAACAGGGUUGAUGAGAUAGAGCAAAGAGAGUAUCCGAGACCCGUGCCGAGUGAGUAUUUGACGGCCAAACAAAACGCUGAGAACUUGCGGCGAUGGAAAGAACGCAGCAAAAGUCUUGCAGCUCCACGAGCACAGGUUCUAAUGCGGACCCCGUCUCCCCCAAGAUCCCCAUCUCCACCAAGGGGUCCGAUCACGCCUGGCACCAGAGAAUGGGAUGGCUUCAUGGACUUCCCUUUGGAUAAUUCCCUAUACGCUGAUGACAGCAAAGAGGUCACUGUAGAUGCACCUGACUUAGCAUGCAUCCUACCGACGACAUCCACACCUAAUGUUCCACCGCACCUGACGAAUGCGCCUGAAACUGAUAUUGUUCCAGUACCGCAGGCUGAUUCCUCUUCCACACCAGUCCACUCAAAUUGUUCACAGACAAAGGCUGAAGGAGAUGCCUCAAGAAGACUAGGGAUUCGAUUGUCAACCGGAAACGAGCAGCCUGAACAGCUAACAUGGAACUCAGCGCUCAACAGUAUCCUGCGCAAUGAAACCGUCGAUUCAGUCAUGAAAGCAAGAGUCAGAGAAAGAAUUGAACGUUGUAUCACCUCUGCUGAUCAAAAGCUUUUUGGCAAGAACUCUUACCCUGUUACUAUGAAAGACGCUGGUCUUGUUCCAAAUUUCAGCCACCCAAAUGCUGGGAGUGAGUUUCAUGACCGUCUUCAGUCUGGACAGGCGGACCGGUCGUUGUCACUGGAAAAUUUUAGACAACAACCCGAGGAACAACAGAAGGAACAGUCACUGCCUAUUGGUGUGAAUGCUGGAUAUCACAAUCGUUCGAAUUCAAGUAGCGCUCUCUAUUGUUCUCUCCCGCACUCCGACUGGCCACUACGCGGAGGUAAUGAAGAGAGUCCACCUCAGCUAACUAAUGGUGUACUACCAGGUUACUAUUCUUCGUCAUCGGGCUCUAGUGACGACUCCAACCAUGAUCCCCAUCAUCGCCCAGUGUCACCCCUUGAUCGUGUGCCAGAGCAUGUCUUCGCCUUUCUCUGUUCUCUACUGACAUCGUCCGAACUCGCCCUCCACUACGAUGUCAUCUACGAUUCGGCUCCUCCACAUCCUCCACCAUUUCCCAAUCUCGUACCACGCAGCAAUGCCAUGUCGGCGAUCCCAUUAGACGUGCGUCUCGUCCAAAAGCUACACACUGCGGUUUACGAUCUCCAAGAUCGCAUCGUUGGCGUAGAAGAAGACCUCAUUCCAGAACUUAGCACAAAUCUGGAGAACAAGUACCUCCAGGUCAAGGAACUCGAUGUACAGAAUCUCAGCCUGCAGGAAGAGGUUAUAGAACUCAAGCGCAUAGUAGACUUCAGCAACAAGGUUCUGGCUGGAUGUUGGGAGCGCGAAUGGGAGGUGUGGCGCACACUUAACGAUAUCCAAAGGAGACGUAAAGCAUGUCGUGGUCGGCUGACUCGUAUGUUCUCACGUGCCUCAGAUGCUACUAUCCAAGACGAUGAGUUGCUGCACUCUCAUAGGCCAGAAGGUUAUGUGACCCAGACUCAGCCGUUCGGAAGAGCAGCACAGGGCCCUCUUAAGAAGAAGGAACUUGACGCUCUUCUACUGAUGGCGAAACAGAAUGUCAGCAUACUUGUCGAGGAUUUUGGGGAAGCAAAGGGGCUGGUGGAGGCGUUUCGAGAGAGGAGCGAAGUAGAUGAAGAGGUGCCGCCUGCGGAAAGGUAG